AUGGCUUGUCUCAAUUUACCCAAGGUUUCAACCAUCUCUGAGCCCGAAGAAAGAGAGGGGGAUUAUAAUGAUGUCCCGGAAGGAGAGAUCGAGUCUAAUUGGGAAGAAGUUGUUGAUAAUUUUGAUAAUAUGAAUCUGAAGCCAGAAUUGCUUCGUGGCAUUUAUGCUUAUGGUUUUGAGAAACCAUCAGCCAUUCAACAACGGGCUAUACUCCCCGUUAUCAAAUCGCAUGAUGUAAUUGCUCAAGCCCAAUCAGGAACAGGAAAAACCGCCACAUUUUCAAUUUCAAUUCUUCAAAAACUUGAUAUGUCUAUCGGUCAAUGUCAAGCUCUUGUUCUGGCACCAACUCGCGAAUUGGCGCAACAAAUUCAAAAGGUGGUUAUCGCGUUAGGUGAUUUCAUGAACGUUGAAUGUUUUGCCUCGAUUGGUGGUACCAAUGUUCGCGACGGAAUCAAGAAGCUCGAGGCUGGUGCUCAUGUGGUUGUCGGCACUCCUGGUCGUGUAUACGAUAUGAUAAAUCGCCGCGCACUCAAAACGGAUCAUAUUAAAAUGUUUGUCCUGGAUGAGGCAGACGAAAUGCUUUCUCGAGGUUUCAAGGAACAAAUCUACGAUGUUUUCCAACUAUUGCCUCCGAGUACUCAGGUUGUCCUGUUAUCUGCCACGAUGCCAGCGGAUGUAUUGGAAGUGACAACUAAAUUUAUGCGUGAGCCUGUUAGAAUUUUGGUAAAACGUGACGAAUUAACGUUGGAAGGCAUCAAACAAUUUUAUAUUGCUGUCGAAAAAGAAGAUUGGAAAUUAGAUACUCUAUGCGAUUUGUACGAAACGGUUACAAUUACACAAGCUGUCAUUUUCUGUAACACGCGAAGAAAAGUGGAUUGGCUUACAGACAAAUUGCACGCUCGUGAAUUUACAGUUUCAGCUAUGCAUGGAGAUAUGGAUCAAUCACAGCGUGACGUUAUUAUGAAGGAAUUCCGUUCAGGAUCUUCUCGAGUGUUGAUCACAACUGAUCUCUUGGCACGUGGCAUUGAUGUACAACAGGUUUCCUUGGUUAUUAAUUAUGAUCUUCCAACAAACCGCGAAAACUAUAUUCAUCGAAUUGGUCGAGGUGGUCGUUUUGGAAGAAAGGGUGUCGCCAUCAACUUUGUUACUAGUGAGGAUGUUCGCAUGCUUCGUGAUAUUGAACAAUUUUACAACACACAAAUUGACGAAAUGCCAAUGAACACCAGAUCCAAUGACAUUGAAGAAGAAUACACAUUGCUCGAAAAGCUUGGUACUGGCUCAUUUGGGACGGUUUACAAGGCCAUUAAUAAUGACACAAAGGAGAUUGUGGCAAUCAAACAAAUUGAUCUUGAAGAUUCGGAUGAUGACAUUAGUGAAAUUCAGCAAGAGAUUGCAUUACUAUCGCAAUGUGAUUCUUCUUAUAUCACCCGUUAUUACGGCUCCUUUGUCAAAGGGUAUAAACUGUGGAUCGUUAUGGAGUAUCUUGCAGGUGGAUCAUGCUUAGAUCUGCUGAAACCUGGUCCUUAUAAUGAAAAUCAAAUUGCGAUUGUCUGCCGUGAACUCUUGAACGGCUUGGAAUAUUUGCAUAGGGAAGGAAAGAUUCAUCGAGAUAUUAAAGCCGCGAAUGUAUUAUUGUCGGAUGAUGGAAAAGUUAAAUUGGCUGAUUUUGGUGUCGCGGCGCAAUUAUCUGUUAACAAAAGCAAAAGGAAAACGUUUGUCGGGACUCCUUUUUGGAUGGCGCCAGAAGUAAUUCAGCAAGCUGGCUAUGAUCACAAGGCUGAUAUAUGGUCUCUUGGCAUUACUGCCAUAGAGAUGGCGAAAGGGGAACCACCAUUGGCCGAGUAUCAUCCAAUGCGGGUGCUUUUCCUUAUUCCUAAAGCAAAGGCUCCUGUAUUAGAAGGAAACUUCUCCAGCGCAUUCAAAGAAUUUGUCAGUCUUUGUUUAAUAAAGAAUCCCAAUGAGCGACUACCCGCAAAAGAAUUAUUGCGACACCGAUUCAUAAGGAACGCACAAAAGACUACGCAGUUACAGGAGCUUCUUGAUAGAUACUCUGACUGGCGGACUAAUGGCUCCAAUAGGGCAGCAGCGGAAACCGUAGCUCUUAAUUGGAACUUUGGAACUGCUAAACCACCGAAUGGUAUUAAUAAUAGUGAUGAAAACGUUUUGAUUGAAAAUGAGUUCACGAGCACCGUUAAGCUUAAACAAUCGAGCGUUAAAUAUAUUGAGAAUGAGAUAUCGGAUGAUACGGAAAUCGAUCAAGCUACAAUAAGGGCUUCUGCUUUCAAGAAAAUACAAGAUACAACAGAAACGCCGGAAUCUAAUCAAAUAAAUUAUGAGCAGUCUUCUUCCAGUUCCACAAUUGACUUAUUGAAUGGCACUGACGGCAGGGUUAAUACUGUGCGCGCUCAUAAAAGAUUUAGUAAUUCAACCGACACCUCAUCAACGUCACUUUCUGUCUACCCACGAGAUGUACCGAUUGCUGUGCCCGUUUCCGAAGAAGGUGUUUUCGGAAGACAACUUGUAAAUGAUGUGGUCUUACCAUCAAUAUUAAAUAUCAAGUCUAGUGAACUCAGAACUGCGGAGAUUGAAGCAUUGAGUAUGAUUGGAAAAGGGAUUGAGGAUUUAGAUCACGUAAAUCCUGAUCUCAUAGUUGUAACUUUGGUGGAAAUUUUAUCGAGGUUAAAAAGUAAUCCACAUUUAACAGAAAAAUUAACGGAUCUGGAGAUUAUUUCUGCUGAGAGUUUUGCAACUGCAAGUAGCACCGCAGCAAUCGCCACAAAACUAUCAGCAACCUCGAAAAAAAUAAACAGCAAAAAUCUUGAAAUGUUAUCAUCUUCUUCACCGUCUUCAACAUCGUCGCCAUCUUCUACGGAGGUAUCAGCUACAAACGAAAUUCAAACUGAAGAAAACACCACCUCGGAAACAGCUGCCGUAAAAUCAUCAAGAAUAACAUUUUCGGAUAUUUUAUAUCCAAGAUGGAUCGGACAAUUGAAAUCUAAAUGGGCAAUACUUUAA